AUGCCAUCAGACAACUACAACUUUGCCGACGUCUUCCAAGCUGUCUUCAUCUCAAAGCAGAAGCCAGCCCCAGAACCCGUUACUGACGCAAUGAAAGCCAUCAUUCAAAGUUACCCUCCGUUGGGCCAGUAUACGCAGGUCUUAAACGGACGUCUCACAGUGACUGCAGUUCUCGAGAUACCUGCUUCGCGCGCAAGUGAGCCCUGGGAGGUUGCUCUCUGGCAUUCAAGUGACGGAGCUGAGUGGGCCGAGACUGCUCUCUCCCGUGUCCCCGACGAAAACGCUCCGACGACCCUGCAGACAGUCCCGGUCCAUGUCCAACGGCUUUUCUUCUCCGCUUCAGUUACGUUCAACAAAUUGUUCCAAUUCACACUUAAAUUUCGACACAACGACAGUGAACCAUGGAGGUGGACUCGUGACGAACUUGGAGUUGGCGAUGCAACAGUCGUUCUGAAUGCGAGGCCUGUUCUUGAGACCGUUUCCAAGCGCUUCGACGAUCUCAUUCCGGGUCUGAACGGUGCCUGGGAAGUGAAGUCCUUGAUGAGCCAGUGCCCUGGAACUCGUUUGUGGUCGUUGAAGGCGGCCGUAGACGGUGUUGAAGGGGACGAGUCGAAGCUUGCCAAUAUCCCUUUGGGCGUACCAUGGGGAGGCUUCCUAAGAUGGUUUGCCCUCAUUCGUAUUUGGUCACCUUGGCUGGCUCCUCGGCAUGGAAGAGAUUCGUUCCAGCUGGACAAAGACGGUGUACUCUGUUCGUUCUUAAGCCCGGAGGGCAAGCACUUGGUCUUUCUGGCCGUCAGUGGCGUCAAUAACGUUCUCUCUGUGUUCCGCAACAACGAGUCUGGGCAACUGUCUGUUCAUGCUCGCAACGAUGGCACAAACUCAGAACCAGCAAUUGUUUUGGCCGCUACAGGAGACAACUUUGAGAGUGCCAAUGCUGCUGUCAUGUACCAGGCUCGAAACUAUAUUCUUCAAGAGAAGAAAGCAAGCAACGAGCUAUUGGCGGAACUGAAGGCUCUUGAGGAAGGCGUAAAGCCGGAAUGGAUGGAGAACUGGUAUGACGGAUUGGGUUACUACGAAAAAGUGUUUGAUGCUGUCGACAAGCUCGCAGAGAACAACAUCAAAGUCACUAGUCUUAUUAUUGACGACAAUUGGCAAACCAUCGACUACAAAGGACAUGGGCAGUUUCAGCAUGGCUGGGUCGAGUUCGAGGCGGAGCCAAAGGCGUUCCCCAAGGGCUUGAAAGCUACGGUUUCGCACAUCCGGCAGAAGCACCCACACAUUCAACACAUUGCCGUAUGGCAUGCUCUUUUAGCGUCAGGCUAUUGGGCGGGCAUCUCACCUGACGGCAAGAUUGCACAACAAUACAAAACAAUAGAUGUUGUUCGAGAAGACGCCGAGAGGCGGAACCUGCCCCUUGGAGGCAAAAUGACCGUCGUGGCCAAAGAGGACGUGGACCGGUUCUAUAACGACUUUUACAAAUUCCUUGUCGACUGUGGCAUUGACGGCGUCAAGACGGACGCCCAGUUCAUGACCGAUACAUGGGUCUCGGCGAGUGCCCGUCGCGAGCUGAUAGAUGCCUACCUAGACGCGUGGACGAUAUCUUCGCUGCGGCACUUUAGCAUCAAGACUAUAUCCUGCAUGUCGCAGACACCGCAGAUCAUGUUCUACAACCAGAUGCCGCGCAACCGGCCCGCCAUCCUCUGCCGCAACUCGGACGACUUCUUCCCCGAGAUCCCCGCCUCGCACCCCUGGCAUGUAUGGACCAACGCGCACAACAGCCUGCUCACGCAGCACCUCAACAUCCUGCCCGACUGGGACAUGUUCCAGACCGUGCACGACUACUCGGGCUUCCACGCCGCAGCGCGUUGCGUCAGCGGAGGGCCGAUCUACAUCACCGACGUCCCCGGGCAGCACAGCCUUGAUCUGAUCAAGCAGAUGACGGGCCCGACGAUCCGCGGGAAGACUGUCAUCUUCCGGCCCAGCGUGGUUGGGAAGACCAUUGACCCUUACACAGGAUACGACGAUGACGGUUUGCUCAAAAUUGGAAGCUACCACGGCGCCGCCGUCACGGGCACCCCGAUUCUCGGCGUGUUCAACAUCUCAGCCCGGCUUCUGACGGAGAUCAUCCCCUUCACCUCCUUCUCCGGAGUGUUGCCCUCCAUGCGCUACAUUGUUCGGGCCCACUCCACCGGGAAAGUUAGCCCGCCCGUCUCCCCCGGCUCUGCUGGGUCCUCUCUGACAGUGUCCCUGGAUGUUCGCGGGUACGACAUCUUCACCGCUUAUCCGCUCUCCAGCUUUGACAGCGAGGUGAAGGGCAAGGUAUGGACUGCCAAUCUGGGCCUGGUGGGCAAGAUGACAGGCGCGGCUGCCAUCCUCAACAGCGAUUUCAUGUUGCGGCAUGACGGGAAGGUCGAGCUCAAGACUCGCCUCAAGGCGCUCGGCAUCCUCGGCAUCUACAUCUCCAAGCUGCCAGAGUUGACGAUAGAGGACGACUUCCUCGUCACCAUCCAGAACCAGGUGAUCCCCGUCCACACGGUAUCCAUCAGCAAGGACCACGACUCUGUUGUCGAGAUUGAUAUUGAGAGGGCGUGGCAGGAAAUGGGUCUGCACCCUGGGUGGAGCAACGAGGUUGAGAUGACGGUCAUCUUUGCGAUUGACCAUGAACAGCCGGUAUACGCAUAG